AAAGAGAGAGAGCACAGUUGAGGGUCUUCAUUUUAUCCAGACAGUGCCUUACGUGUGGUUAGUGUGCAGAGCACAACAGUCCGUUGUCCAGGGCAUGAGGGCGACUGGCCAUGCAUAAACAGACAGGGCAGACAGACAACAGGAAAUAAUGGUCUCCAGUUACUCCUCAUAGACAACCACCUUGCUGUUCUGUUCAUGUUUUACCCAGCCAGUCGCUGUCUGAGUUGACAGAGCAUCGACCAUUCGCUUUUAGUGUCAAUCUUCUUUCCAUCUUUUAUUUUCAUCCAUCUCUUCAUCUCUCCUCUCUUCUUCACCAUGGGGUGUUCUUCGUCCAGCACACAGACUGUCGAUCAGGAGAAGAGACCGGGGACAAAACCCGAGGAGGCCAAUGGAGACACAUUUGUUGUAAGGAAUGGUCACAUCUCGGAGGACACAGAGACCAUCGCUGACCAGAUGCAGCUUCCUGUCCAGAGUGCCCUGCCAGAUGACUUCCUGUCAGGGGGCUGUGAUGACUCUGAGGAACCCGUCAUCAUGGCCUCAGAGGCCCUGGAGACCAUGGGGUCUGGAUGGGAGGAGGACCAGCUCCUGGUGGUGCUGGCUGCAGCCGAGCCAGAGGUUCCCCCUGAAGCCCCUGCUGAGGCUGCAGCCGUGGAAGCAGAGGUCCCUUCAGAGGCUGUGGCCCCGGUAGAGGCUGUGGCCCCGGUGGAGGUGGUGACCCCUGUUGAGCCUGUCGUAGUUGAGGCUACUCCUGUGGCAGAGGCUCCUGCUAAGACAGUGGUGUCUGAGGAGGCCCCUGUUGUGGAAGCUGCUGCCCCAGUCGAGAUAGCUUCCCCCAUUGAGGUUGUUGCCCCAGUCGAGAUAGCUUCCCCCAUUGAGGUUGUUGCCCCAGUCGAGAUAGCUUCCCCCAUUGAGGUUGUUGCCCCAGUCGAGAUAGCUGCCCCCAUUGAGGUUGUUGCCCCAGUCGAGGUAGCUGCCCCCAUUGAGGUUGUUGCCCCAGUCGAGGUAGCUGCCCCCAUUGAGGUUGUUGCCCCAGUCGAGAUAGCUGCCCCCAUUGAGGUUGUUGCCCCAGUCGAGGUAGCUGCCCCCAUUGAGGUUGUUGCCCCAGUCGAGGUAGCUGCCCCUAUGGUGGCUGAAACUGUCCCAGAGCCAGCUCCCAGUGUGGUAGAGGAGACCCCAGCUCCAGCCCCAAUAGAGGAGACCAAAGAAGCCCCAGCCCCUGUGGCCGCUGUCCCUGAGGGGGCCCCUGCUGUGGAGGCCCCUGCUCCCAGUGGCCCCAUAACUGACCUUGUUGUUGCGGCUGAGCCUGAAGCAGAGCCAGUAGCCACCCCUGUGGCUGUGGAGGACCCUGUAGCAGCCGCUGCCAAUGAACCUGUAGAGGCCCCAGGACCAGUAGAGGCCCCAGGACCAGUAGUGGCCCCAGGACCAGUAGAGGCCCCAGGACCAGUAGAGGCCCCAGGACCAGUAGAGGCCCCAGGUGUUCCAGUGGUUGUGUCUGAGGUGGCACAGCAAGCAGCAGCCUUGGUGUUGGCUGGAGUGGCACAGGAAGCAGCAGCCUUGGUGUUGGCUGGAGUGGCACAGGAAGCAGAGAAAGACAAGAAACAGGACUAAGAAAAAGGAGGGCUCAAACUGAGGAGGCCCCUGUGGCCAGUGAAACAAAAUCUUCUUGGACAAAACCUCUGUUUUUACAUGCAGAGAAGAUCUGUAGAAACAAUGCACAACCCCAAAGACCAUGA